AGACUGACCGGCGUAAGGUAAGGGGUGCCAAGACUUGUUUCGGGUCUUCAAAUUUCAACUUGCCUUAGUUGACGAAUCGCAUUCCUCACUUUGCAAACACAGUUGUUAGACUUAAAGACUUUUUGAACUUUUCUUGCAAGAGGAAAAAGCUGCCAAAAAUGAACCGACUUGCGCUCCCGUCCUCCCUACGUUCUUCUGCUACCACCAGAGGACAACUUAUCCCAGCCAGGAGCCUCCGUAUCAGUCCCUCUUCAACUCGCGCAUUCGCAACAUUACCGGUUGCCUCAAACACGGCCGUUGAGGAUUAUAAAAAGAAAGUUGAUGAAUACCUCUCAAAAAAGAAAUUAGUGGUGAGCUACUUCACUUAAGGCUCCCGGGAAUCCAUCUUCAGAAGCAUUUUGGAUCUCCGUGUAAGAUGGAAACGGGUCCAAGAAGAUGCAUCUCAAAUUGAUGGGAGACUCCCGGAAGAUCUAAUUCACAGCCACAUGGUGUGGACCAUGCCAACGCAUAGCAGAGGAUGUCGAAGCGCUGUCUGAGAAGCUCGAAAGCAAAGUAGCCAUCGCGAAAAUUGACAUAGACCAAAAUGGAGCAUUGGCAGAGGAGCAUAGGAUUUUAUGAAGGUUGAGAAAGUGUAAGAAGUAUCAUACUAUCUGAAACAAUAAAAUAUGAGGGGCAAUAAACGACUUCACGACUGGGACUAUCGUCUCUUGCGCUCAACUAUACUUCACAACAAGGAGAUGACUGGAUCAUUUACAACACGGGCUUACUACUUCUAUCUAAUUAUACUUCACAACAUGAAGAGAAGAGUGAGUAUGAGAACAUGAAGAUGUAUCAGUUGUAUGAGAAGCAUUCGCAUCUCUAACAACAAUGGCAGUGCCGACUUUUGUACUGUCUGCUGCUGGUGCUGGUGAGGUGGAUCGGGUGCAGGGAGCAAGCGUCGCAAACUUAGAGGCGAAGCUGAAGGAACAGCUGGACUGAAACUUCUUUGUAGAGGAGUAGAGUUUUUAAUUAAGUAGUCUCCAUUGUCCGAAUUACAUCCAUCAUGCUGAGUACUCAAGAAAACCAUUGAAGAUACACAGGGUGGAUUCAGCAACGUUGUAAGAGCCUGAUGGGUGUUACUCCCAACACAAGUAUAGGAUUUUUAAUGUUCCAGCGCUCAUAGUAUUCACACCUGUGGCGUACCGUGAUUGCACAAUCCAAAAU